AUGGCGGAACUCAAGGUGGAGACCCGUGCCAGUGUGGACUGGCAGAAGCGCUGCCUGGCCCUGGAAACCCAGCUCUUCCGGUUCCGCCUGCAGGCCAGCAAGAUCAGGGAGCUGCUUGCUGACAAGAUGCAGGAGCUGGAGCAGAGGCUGCUGGAGGCAGAGCAGAGGGCAGAGAACGCCGAGACCCAGGUGGGUGUGAUGGAGGAGAAGGUGAAACUGUCCAAUCUGAAGAACGUGGACACAGCAGGCAGCCUGCACCGGAAGUACCAGGACCUGCUGAAAGCCAUGCGGGGCAAAGAUGAGCUCAUCGGCCAGCUGGAGGCGCAGCUGGAGAAGCAGAAGCAGAUGAGAGCUGAAGAAGCAAAAGUUGUCCAGGAAAAAGCUGCGAAGAUCAAAGAAUGGGUGACUCUGAAGUUAGGAGAGCUUGAGAUGGAGAAUCAGCAUCUGAAGAGCAGUAAUCAGCACCUGGCAGAGCAGGUGGGAGCCCUCCAGGAUGCUCUAGAAGCUCUUCAGAUGGCACCUUCGGGGAAGCUGCUGGUGGCCCCCCAGGAAACCCCAGAGCAGGAUUCUGAUGCUUCGGGGCCAGGAAUGCAGCCGAUAGGGCAGGACAGUAGUCCCCAGGCCAAGGGUGCCCUGAAGGCAGCUCUGCCUGUACCUUCCCCAGAUGCUCUGCCUAGAAGGGACUCUGGUCCUAAAGCAGGAAUUUCCCUGGAGGAUUCUAGUUCCAUCGUGGUCCAUCCUGGGGAAAUAGCCGAGGCCAAGACCCUUCCAACUCAUCUGGGAAGAGAGAGCUCUCCCCGCCGGCUGUGCAUGAAGCCUCGCACCCACAGACAUGGUUCGGCCUUCUGGGGGGAGGGCCUGGUCACUGCUCAGGGAGGCACGCUCCCUGGGACAAAGAACUCUGCCAGGGAAGGAAGCCUGGGCUGCAGCCUGACCCUACCAAAGGCGCGGGUCCCCAGCACCCCCCGGGACAGCAUCCAGCUGGCCAAGCGGCACCACAGCCAGCCCCAGGUGGGCCCCGGGUGUUUCAACCAUGUGGUGAGCAUCGAGAUUGGGACCCUCUCAGCCCUCCACCCCUCCAGGCUUCCUGAGGCGGAGGCCCGAGCUGAGCUCUGGGAGGAACUGGAGAAUAUGGAGAUGGGGGAGCCACCCCCAGGAGGGAAGAAGGAGGAAAGAGAGAGCCCACAGGCCCCUGGAGCUGAGCUGGAGGAAGUGGAUUUGGGCAACACACCCCCCACUCCCCCCCUGCACCGGUUUCCAUCCUGGGAGAGCCGAAUCUACGCGGUGGCCAUGGCUGGCAUGCGGCUCUCGGAUGCAUCUCCCAGAAUGAAUGCCACCUGCUGCGCUUCAAGCCCUCCUGCCCUUGCGUUCCCUGGGCCUUUCUCUGGCCUUGUCUACAAGAAUGUUACCGUGCCUGUCUACACUGCCCUGAAGGGGAGAGCCACGCAGAUCAGCACCAUGCCUUUUGUGGAUGAAUCCUCUGGGUCCGAUGAUGACUGCUGCUCUCAGGCCAGUUUCCGAACUUCGGUCCCCUGCUCUGAGUCCAGGAAAACCAGCGGACUGGGCAGCCCCCGGGCCAUCAAGAGAGGUGUCUCCAUGUCCUCGCUGAGCUCCGAGGGGGACUACGCCAUCCCCCCAGAUGCCUACUCACUAGACAGCGACUACUCCGAGCCAGAACACAAACUGCAGCGGACCUCCUCCUAUUCUGCCGAGGGGCCGGGCCUGGCCGGGGAGUCCCUGGAGAAGUCGGGUUACCUGCUGAAGAUGGGGAGCCGAGUGAAGACAUGGAAGAGGCGCUGGUUUGUCCUGAGACAGGGACAGAUUAUGUACUACAAGUCCCCGAGCGAUGUCAUCCGAAAACCACAGGGUCAAGUGGAACUGAAUUCCCGUUGCCAGAUUGUUCGAGGGGAGGGUGCACAGACAUUCCAGCUUAUCUCUGAGAAGAAGACCUAUUACCUGACGGCGGACUCACCAGCUCUGCUGGAGGAAUGGAUCCGCGCGCUGCAGAGCCUGCUGAAGGUGCAGGCCGUGGGGCCUCCAGCCUUGCCUCGGGGUGGCUCCAAGCCCACUGUGAAGGGCUGGCUGACCAAGGUAAAACAUGGCCAUUCCAAGCUGGUCUGGUGUGCUCUUGUUGGAAGAACCUUCUACUACUAUCGAAGUCAUGAGGACAAGCGACCCCUGGGCCAUUUGCCUGUGCGGGACGCGCGCAUCGAGGAAGUUGAUCGAUCCUGUGACUCCGAUGAGGACUAUGAGGCUGGAGGAAGCAGGCGGUUGCUCUCCUCCCACUGCACCCUGGUGAUCCAUCCCCCAGAGCACAGCCCCACCUACCUCCUCAUUGGCACCAAGCAUGAAAAGGACACGUGGCUGUACCACCUCACAGUGGCUGCAGGGGGCAGCAGUGCCACAGUUGGCACUGCCUAUGAGCAACUCAUUGGAAAACUGAUGGACGAGGAGGGAGACCCAGACUCCCCUCUCUGGAGGCACCCCAUGCUGUGUUACAGCAAGGACGGGCUGUACACCUCCCUCACCACCCUGCCCUCCGAGGCCCUACAGACGGAGGCGCUCAAGCUCUUCAAGUCCUGCCAGCUCUUCAUCAACGUGCCCGUGGAGGCAGCCUCGGUGGACUACCACGUGUCGCUGGCGCAGACAGCCCUGCAGGUCUGCCUGGCUCACCCCGAGCUGCAGAGCGAGAUCUACUGCCAGCUCAUGAAGCAGACCAGUGGCCGCCCGCCUCAGAAGUGCUCCCUCAUUCAGUGCUGGCAGCUCCUGGCUCUGUGCGCCCCACUCUUCCUGCCUCAGCACCACUUCCUCUGGUACGUCAAACAGCAGCUCCAGCGCCACGCGGACCCCCGAAAUGAAACUGGCCAGUAUGCCACCUACUGCCAGCGGGCCGUGGAGCGGACGCUUCAGACUGGAGAGCGGGAGGCCCGGCCGUCCCGCAUGGAAGUCGUGUCCAUCCUGCUACGCAACCCCUUCCACCACUCCUCACCCUUCAGCAUCCCCGUGCAUUUCACCAAUGGGACUUACCAGGUGGUCGGUUUUGACGGCUCCUCCACGGUUGAUGAGUUCCUCCAGCGUCUGAACCAAGAGACGGGCAUGAGGAAGUCCUCCCACUCUGGCUUUGCCCUCUUCACAGACGAUCCUUCAGGCAGGGACCUGGAACACUGCCUGCAUGGGAGCAUCAAGAUCUGUGAUGCCAUCUCCAAGUGGGAGCAAGCCGUGAAGGAGUUGCACUCUGGCAAGGCUGAGGGUGGCACACGUGUCGUGAAGCUGAUGUACAAGAACAGGCUGUACUUUCGGAGUCAAGUCAAAGGGGAGACAGAGCGGGAGCGGCUGCUGCUCGCCUCCCAGACCAGUGGGGAGAUCGUGGCAGGGAGGUUUCCUGUCAACAAGGAGCUGGCGCUUGAGAUGGCUGCCCUAAUGGCCCAGGUAGAAUAUGGGGACUUAGAGAGGCCCAGCCCACCAGGCCCUGGGAGCCCUCCCCCUGCCAAGGUUCAGCAUCAUCUCCAGCAGGUCCUAGACAGGUUCUACCCGAGGCGCUACAGACACGGGGCACCCCCUGAACAGCUGAGGCACCUGGCAGAUCUGCUGACCACAAAGUGGGCAGCCCUGCAGGGCUGCUCCCCUCCUGAGUGCAUUCGCAUCUACCUGACGGUGGCCCGGAAAUGGCCUUUCUUUGGUGCUAAGCUCUUUGCUGCUCAGCCUGCACAGAUGUCUUCCAAGGACAGCUCUCUGGUGUGGAUUGCUGUGAAUGAAGACGGUGUCAGCAUCCUGGACCACAGCACUAUGCAAGUGCACGUCACUUACCCCUACUCUUCAGUAAUGACCUUCGGUGGCUGCCGGGAUGACUUCAUGCUUGUGAUUAGAUCCAUUCCAGACCAGAGCUCUGGAAAAGGCCACAUUGAGAAGUUGCUCUUCCGGAUGGCUGCUCCCAAGAUUGCAGAGGCUACGUUCAUCAUGGCCAGCUACAUGAACCAUUGCUCCGUGACUGUGAACCCCCCAACAGCCCGCCCACUGCCCACCAGCUAGGGGAACCGGAAUGACAGCAGUUCUUUGCUUCUGUUCGUGUGCUGCCAGAGGGCCAACGUUGCUGUGAAUGCUUCUCCUACCCCUUUCCCCCCAAACCACCUGGUACCUCUCGGAUUAGAGAUCUGUAUCCUAGGGUAUGAUACUACUGUGAUGGGCCGGACAGCCCUCCCCCAACCCCGCCCUGUUUGUUCUAUGAAAUGUCUAGUUCAGUGUCCCUGAA